AUGAGUACUGCUUUGAGAAUCAUCUCUGUCUUCUGCUUGUGCAUCCUGACUGUGUCAGCUUUCAACACGUUUCCGGUAAAAUUUGUUACAGGAAUGACACAUCGCACCGUUACACUGACGUGUAACACGGCUGCCAAGGAACCUAUCACAUGGAAGUUGGAUGACAACUAUGUAGAGAUACCAGACGUCGUCGUGGUUAAUGGCAAAAAGCUGACACUGUAUGACCUUCAAGAAGACCUAACUGGAAACUACACCUGCUGGAGCGAGGACAAAUUAGUGGACUACACUUACGUCCUGCUUGACAUGUCUCCAAAAAUUACCAGUUCUUCUAUUUCCUGCAUGGCUGAAACCUUCAACUGCACAUCCAGAAUUUCCUGCACAAUGAAGGAGGCUGGAUACCAACAUUUCAGGCUUCGAAAUGAACAGGAUACCAGUAGCUGGGUGAGCCCAUCCGAAGACAACAAGUUUUACCUUACACACUCCACCAACCCCUUUGCAGAGGAGUCAGAGCCCAUGGUGGUGGUAGGGGAAGCAGUGUCAUCCUUAAACUUCUAUUUUAAGACCAGCUACAGCUUUUACCUCAGAGAUAUCAUUAAGCCAGGCUGUCCUCAAGUCACUGUGAAGAAGGGUCAGGUGGUUGUAGAUCCUCCACUCACCUGGACCAUGCCCCUCAGCUAUUACCCUCUUGAACAUGAAAUUGAAUGGCAGCAGCGAGGUAAAAAAGAGUUGGAGAUACGUCCAUUUAACAGCAGCAUAGACAUUCCAAAAGACACCAGGAAAGUGAGGGUUCGUUGCCGGGACUCGGUGCUGCUCUCACAGUGGAGUGACUGGACACCCUGGCAAAACGUAUCUAAUUGA